ACUCCAGUCCCUUUUACAAAGACAAUUGCAGUGGCCUUACGGCAAAGCACAUAUUCUCUCCUAUCUCUCUCUAAAACCCCUUUCUCUCUUUUCUCUCUCUGUUCAAAACCCAUUUGAUUUUCUUUGCAGACAAACAUGUCAGACCCGAUGGACUUGCUCCGAUCCAAUCUCUCCCGGGUUCGGAUCCCGGAGCCCACCAAUCGCAUCUACAAGCAAGAAUGCUGCCUCUCUUUCGACACUCCGAGAUCAGAAGGUGGGUUGUUUAUCGACAUGAAUACAUUUCUAGCUUUUGGAAAGGACUGCGUGGCUUGGAACUAUGAGAAGACUGGGAAUAAAGUUUACUUGCAUAUAAAGCAAACAAAAAAAGUGGUUGCUGAAGAUAGGCCUUUGAAGAAACCAACACUUUUGGGUAUAGGUAUUGAUGGGGGAUUUGACAACAGUGAACUUGAAUAUGAAGAAACUUACACUAUAGUUAUAUUGCCUGACCAUGUUACCCUUCCAUUUCCUUCGGUGGAGUUGCCGGAGAAGGUCAGGUUGGCCGUUGAUGCUAUCUUGAUGGCUGAGGGUGCUGAGCGGAAAGAGCAAGUUGCAGCUUGGAUAGCCGAUAAGAAACAAACAAGUGCAUAUGCAAUGGAUUUGCAACAGAUUGAAAAUGGUGUUAUUGUCCCUCCAUCUGGGUGGAAAUGUAUUAAGUGUGAUAAAACGGACAAUCUUUGGCUAAAUCUUACUGAUGGCAUGAUCCUUUGUGGGAGGAAAAAUUGGGAUGGAACUGGUGGCAACAACCAUGCUAUUGAUCACUACAAUGAGACACACUACCCUCUUGCUGUAAAGCUUGGGACCAUUACAGCUGAUCUGGAAGCAGCAGAUGUUUUCUCUUAUCCGGAGGAUGAAAGUGUUCUGGACCCGCUAUUAGCACAGCAUCUGGCACAUUUUGGCAUUGAUUUUUCAUCAUUACAGAAGACUGAAAUGACAACUGCUGAGAGAGAACUUGACCAGAAUACGAACUUUGAUUGGAACCGUAUCCAAGAAAGUGGACAGGAUGUGGAACCAAUUUGUGGACCAGGUUAUACUGGACUUGUCAAUCUUGGAAACAGCUGCUAUUUGGCAGCAACCAUGCAAGUUGUGUUUUCAACACAUUCCUUCUAUUCACGAUACCAUAGAAGCCAAAGUUUGAAAGUGGCUUUUGAGAUGGCUCCUGCUGAUCCAACUGUAGACCUCAAUAUGCAGUUGACUAAGUUGGCCCAUGGUUUGCUAUCUGGAAAAUACUCUAUUCCAGAUCUGGAGAAAGAUGAUAAUGCAAAUGCUACCUCAACUGCAAGAGCUAAACAGCAAGGGAUACCCCCUCGUAUGUUCAAAGCAGUUAUUGCCGCCAGCCAUCCUGAGUUCUCUACAAUGAGACAACAGGAUGCCCUGGAAUUCUUCCUACAUUUUCUUGACCAAGUUGAACGAGCUAAUGCGGGCAAACCUGAAUUGGAUCCUGCAAAGAGUUUCAAGUUUGGUGUUGAAGAUCGAAUCUUAUGUUCGUCUGGAAAAGUUACUUACAAUAGUAGGCUUGACUACAUUCUUUCUUUAAAUAUCCCACUGCAUGAGGCAACUAAUAAACAAGAACUAGAAGAAUUUCACAAAUUCAAAGCAGAAAAAAUUUCAGAAGGGAAGGAAGUAUCCAGUGAUGAAAUUGUACGUCCACGGGUGCCAUUAGAAGCAUGCCUUGCAAACUUUUCUGCUCCAGAGGAGAUACAUGACUUUUACAGCACUGCUUUGAAGGCUAAGACAACAGCAAUCAAGACUACAGGCCUAACUUCAUUCCCUGAUUACCUGGUGUUGCACAUGCGUAAAUUUGUCAUGGAAGCAGGCUGGGUACCAAAAAAGCUUGAUGUCUAUAUAGAUGUUCCUGACAUCAUAGAUAUUAGUCACAUACGCAGCAAUGGUCUUCAACCUGGGGAGGAGCUAUUACCAGAGGGUGUUCCUGGGGAUGAGGUAGAAUCAAAUAAGCCCUUGCCAAAUGAAGAUAUUGUUUCCCAGCUUGUCUCAAUGGGAUUCAACCAUCAUCAUUGUGAGAAAGCUGCAAUAAGGACCUCAAAUGCUGGCGUGGAAGAGGCAAUGAAUUGGUUACUUUCACACAUGGAAGAUCCAGAUAUUGAUGUUCCAAUUUCCCAAGAGGCACAAGGUGCUGACACUUUGUCAAGUGUUGACCAAUCAAAAGUUGACACUUUAAUUUCAUUUGGUUUUCAAGAAGAAAUUGCUAGGAAAGCACUGAAGGCCUCGGGUGGUGACAUUGAGAAAGCAACAGAUUGGAUUUUUAGCAAUCCUGAAGCUUCUGUUUCAUCUGAUAUGGAUGCUACCACAUCAAACACUACACCUACUCCUAUCGAUGCUGGGCUUCCUGAUGGAGGAGGAAGAUACAGACUGAUAGGAAUAGUAAGCCACAUUGGAACCUCGACUCAAUGUGGUCACUAUGUCGCUCACAUCUUUAAAGAUGGUAGAUGGGUUAUUUUCAAUGAUGACAAGGUCGGGGCAUCCGUUAAUCCUCCCAAAGACAUGGGAUAUUUAUAUUUCUUUGAAAGGCUUAACAGUUAAGAGACAGAGGAAGGAUAGGAAACACCAAAUCGGCAUAACAUAGGUACCAUGUGAUCUCAAUCUUAGCAAACAGCAAACCAUGUUCUUGUUUGUAGGUGGCCUAGAGCUGUGUAUUUUGAGGAUAUACUGGAUUAUUUUUUAAAAUAUUUUGAUGUUCCAUUUUAGUUGUUUCGGCCAAAGAAAAUUUGAACUAAUGAUCUGCAUGUUUUGUCAAUAUAUUUGUUGUUGUAGUAGCGUAGAGUACUAGUAACUGAUCAAGAAUUAGUUCUCUCACAUGGGAGUUUGGAUGCUGUUGGCAGCCAUUAGUGCAGUUAUCAAAUCUAUUUGGUUUGGCACUGUUGAACUA